UUGCCUGGGCAUGGAGUCAGGGCUGGGGCAGGGAGAUGCUCCUUCUUCUGCAGUUUGUGGGGGCAUGGAGCCAGGACUUGGGCCGGAAGGCAUACAUUCCUCAGUGUUGGGGAGCAGGUAAGAAGGCCCCGGCUGCUCUGAGGGCGGGCAAGACACAACAAUAUGUCUGCCAGGCUUAUCCGGACUAUGUUAGCGUCCCGGAGGCCUUCCACUGAGCGCAUUUACUCAGCCUCUUGGCGGGCUUUUUGUUCCGGGUGUCAAAGGGCGGGGGUUUCUCCACUCCGGGUUUCCAUUUUGCAUAUAUUGGAAUUUUUGCAGGAAGGGUUAGACAAGGGGUUAGCUCCCAACACACUUCGUAGACAGGUAGCAGCUAUUUCCACGGUUUUAUCCUGUGAUCCACUGACUUCCUUGUCUCAACAUCCUUCUAUCAGGAGGUUUUUCAAAGGGGCCAAAAAUUUAUGUCCUCCCGUGGUCCACAGAUAUCCCACUUGGGAUCUUUCGCUGGUCCUAAAUUCCCUAACAGGGCCUCCUUAUGAGCCAUUGAGGUCUACCUCUCUGAGGCUAUUAACUUGUAAGGUUGCCUUUUUGGUGGCUAUCACCUCUGCCAGAAGGAUUUCAGAAUUAGCUGCCCUCUCUGUCCGCAGUGAUCUUUGUGUUUUCCAUCCGGAUCGAGUAGUGCUCCGUUUGGAUCCUUCAUUCAUUCCUAAAGUAAAUUCAGUUUUCCAUCGCAUGCAGGAACUUAAUUUGCCUAAUUUUUGCCCUCACCCAGUCCACGGGUUAGAGCGCCGUUGGCAUACUUUAGAUGUUCGAAGAGCUUUGAGAAUUUACAUUAAGAGAACAGCAGAGUUAAGGAGAACAGAGUCCUUGUUUGUGUCUUUCCUUCCUGUUUCUUUAGGGCGUAAAGUGACAUCGUCCACUAUAGGCAGAUGGAUUAGGCAUACGAUAGCUAAGGCUUACGAGAUGAGAUCCCUGCCUAGGCCCCCGCGUUUAACAGCGCAUUCCACUCGCAGUGCAGCUACCUCAGCGGCCUGGUCUACUCAGGCAUCCUUGCCAGAGAUAUGCAGGGCAGCCACCUGGUCGUCGCCCUCUCCGUUUAUUAGACACUACAGAGUGGACAAGUAUGCUUCGGCUGAAGCUGCCUUUGGCCGUAGGGUGCUGCAGCAGGUACUUGUAUCUGAGGUUGAAUCUGUCCAGACCGAUCCCUCCCGUAGUUAGGGACACUAGGCUUUGGUAUGUCCCACUCUGACUGCUGUCUCCACCAUAACGGAGAAGGGGCGUUGGUACUUACCUGAGACGCACCUUCUAGUUCAGUGGAGACAGCAGUCAGCCCCUCCCUAUUUCGGUCUGGAUCCUCUUUUGUUUGUUUGUUUUGGAUAAUAAAAUUUGUUUCUCUAUUUUCCACGACGCAUUGAGUCUGGUUUUUCUCGCCUUCAUCAAAAUCUGGGGUUCCCAGCAGCAAGGGGCGGGACUUUCAGCUUCAACAGACUCAGUUAUCCAAUCUGAACAGAGGAGCUCCACCCACUCUGACUGCUGUCUCCACUGAACUAGAAGAUGCGUCUCAGGUUGGUACAGAGGUUAUACUUUGAGGAAAAAAUCAAAAAAAGGCAUAUUUCCUUCUUCCUAUAUACAACUUAAAGAAGCAAUAGUUGAAGGAAAAGGACAACAUGAAACUGUUAUACCAAAUGAACUACCACUUAUUCAGGAGGUUACCUCUACACUACGGGAAUGGUCCACAAUAUGGCGACAGCUUUAUAUUCAAGACAACAGAGAAAUGUUUCGUAAUGUAAGACAUAUGAUAUACGAUCUUAUUGAAUGGCGAUCACAAAUACUGUCUGGAACACUUCCACAAGAUGAGCUCAAAGAGCUAAAAAAGAAAGUCACAGCAAAGAUUGAUUAUGGAAACAGAAUUCUCGAUUUGGAUCUAGUGGUAAGGGAUGAAGAUGGUAACAUAUUAGAUCCAGAUCAAACCAGCACAAUUAGCCUAUUCAGAGCUCAUGAAACAACUUCCAAACAAGUAGAAGAAAGACUGCUGGAAGAAAAAUCUCAAAAGCAGAACCUUGACAUUAGUAGAGAAGCAAAAUUUGCUGCAACACCUUCAUUUGCAUUAUUCGUAAAUCUGAAAAAUGUUGUUUGCAAAAUUGGAGAAGAUGCUGAAGUCCUUAUGUCUUUGUAUGAUCCUUUGGAAUCCAAGUUUAUAAGUGAGAAUUAUCUAGUGAGAUGGUCAAGUUCUGGUCUACCAAAAGACAUAGAUAAAUUACACAAUCUUCGAGCUGUCUUUACGGACCUUGGCAGCAGUAAAGACCGGAAGAGAGAGAAGAUCAGUUUUGUGUGUCAGAUUGUACGAGUUGGCAGAAUGGAACAAAGAGAGAACAACACAAGGAAAUUAACUUCUGGGCUACGGCGACCUUUUGGUGUAGCAGUGAUGGAUAUAACUGACAUAAUUAAUGGGAAAGUAGAUGAUGAAGACAAGCAGCACUUCAUUCCAUUUCAACCGCUAGCAUUGGAUAACACCAUUCGACACAAGCAGUUGAACAUAUCAUCCCGUUUUUCACCCAGGGUGGCAGGGGAGAAUGAUUUUCUUCAGACUGUAAUAAACAAAGUGAUUGCUGCUAAAGAAGUUAAUCAUAAGGGUCAAGGUCUGUGGGUGACACUGAAACUUCUUCCAGGAGACAUACAUCAGAUACGGAAAGAAUUUCCUCACUUAGUUGAUAGAACCACAGCUGUAGCACGGAAAAUGGGCUUUCCAGAAAUUAUUAUGCCUGGUGAUGUCCGUAAUGAUAUUUAUGUAACAUUAGUUCAAGGAGAUUUUGACAAAGGCAACAAAACUACAGCAAAGAAUGUAGAGGUUACAGUAUCUGUUUAUGAUGAAGAUGGAAAAAAAUUAGAGAAUGUGAUUUUUCCUGGGGCCGGAGAUGAAGCUCUUUCAGAAUAUAAAUCUGUUAUAUAUUACCAAGUAAAGCAACCCCGCUGGUUUGAAACUAUAAAGGUUGCAAUCCCCAUUGAAGAUGUAAACCGCAGUCACCUAAGGUUUACGUUCCGGCACAGAUCAUCACAGGAUUCCAAAGAUAAAUCUGAGAAAAUAUUUGCUCUGGCAUUUGUUAAAUUAAUGCGAUAUGAUGGAACAACUCUACGAGAUGGAGAACAUGAUCUUAUAGUAUACAAGGCAGAAGCAAAGAAGCUGGAAGAUUUUUCAACAUAUUUAAGUUUGCCCUCUACUAAACUGGAAUUGGAAGAAAAAGGUCACUCCAUGGCUGGCAAGGGCCUGCAAAAUCUUGGAAGCUGUACUAUCAGUAAAGAUUCAUUCCAGAUCUCUACUCUUGUCUGCUCAACGAAACUAACUCAAAAUGUGGACUUACUGGGGCUUUUGAAAUGGCGAUCCAACACAAAUAUACUGCAACAGAAUUUAAGACAACUGAUGAAAGUUGAUGGAGGUGAAGUUGUUAAAUUCCUUCAAGAUACACUGGAUGCAUUAUUUAACAUUAUGAUGGAGAAUUCAGAAAGUGAAACAUUUGACACAUUGGUGUUUGAUGCUUUGGUUUUUAUCAUUGGACUAAUUGCUGACCGGAAGUUCCAGCAUUUCAAUCCUGUUUUAGAAACGUACAUUAAGAAACAUUUCAGUGCUACUUUGGCUUAUACAAAACUGACAAAAGUUUUAAGGACUUAUGUGGACAAUGCUGGUGUCACUGAUCAACUAUUUAAGGCUAUGAGAUCUCUAGAAUAUAUCUUUAAAUUUAUUGUGCGAUCAAGAAUUUUGUUCAACCAACUAUAUGAGAAUAAAGGGGAAGCUGACUUUAGGGAAUCCUUGCUUCAGCUCUUUAAAUCUAUUAAUGAAAUGAUGAACAGUGCCUCCGACCAGACUGUUACAGUAAAGGGAGCUGCUCUUAAAUACUUGCCAACAAUUGUGAACGAUGUAAAGCUUGUUUUUGAUCCCAAAGAACUUAGCAAACUAUUUACAGAUUUUAUACUGAAUGUUCCAAUGGGUCGUCUCACAAUUCAGAAGUUGUACUGUUUGAUUGAAAUAGUUCACAGUGAUCUUUUCACACAACAUGACUGUAGGGAGAUUCUGAUGCCAAUGAUGACGGAUCAACUGAAGUAUCAUUUGGAAAGGCAAGAAGACCUGGAUGCCUGUUGCCGAUUACUCAGUAAUAUUCUUGAAGUUCUUUAUAGGAAAGAUGUGGGACCAACACAACGACAUGUGCAAAUAAUUAUGGAAAAGCUAUUGAGGACAGUAAACAGAACAGUCAUAUCAAUGGGACGUGACUCAGAACUCAUAGGAAAUUUUGUUGCAAGCAUGACAGCUAUUUUAAGGCAAAUGGAAGAUUAUCAUUAUGCUCAUUUAAUCAAGACUUUGGGGAAGAUGAGAACUGACGUUGUUGACUUCCUUAUGGAAACAUUCAUCAUGUUCAAAAAUCUUAUUGGGAAGAAUGUCUAUCCUUCUGACUGGGUUAUAAUGAACAUGAUGCAGAAUAAAGUCUUUUUGCGAGCAAUUAAUCAGUAUGCAGAUAUGCUGAACAAAAAAUUCCUUGAUCAAACCAGCUUUGAGCUACAGCUUUGGAACAACUAUUUUCAUCUUGCUGUUGCUUUUCUUACUCAAGAGUCAUUACAACUGGAGAAUUUUUCAAGUGCUAAAAGAUGCAAAAUACUUAACAAGUAUGGUGAUAUGAGAAGACAAAUUGGUUUUGAGAUUCGGGAUAUGUGGUAUAAUCUAGGUCAGCAUAAAAUCAAGUUCAUUCCUGAGAUGGUGGGGCCCAUGUUAGAAAUGACUUUGAUUCCCGAAACUGAGCUGAGAAAAGCUACAAUUCCCAUAUUCUUUGAUAUGAUGCAGUGUGAGUUUCAUUCUACUAGAAGUUUUCAGAUGUUUGAAAAUGAGAUAAUCACAAAACUGGAUCAUGAAGUGGAAGGUGGAAGAGGAGAUGAACAAUAUAAAGUGUUAUUUGACAAAAUUCUUUUAGAACACUGCAGAAAACAUAAAUACCUUGCCAAAAAUGGUGAAACUUUUGUUAAACUUGUGGUACGGCUGAUGGAGAGACUUCUAGAUUACAGAACUAUUAUGCAUGAUGAAAACAAGGAAAACCGCAUGAGCUGUACAGUCAAUGUUCUGAAUUUCUACAAAGAGAUUGAAAGAGAAGAAAUGUACAUAAGGUAUUUGUACAAACUUUGUGACCUGCACAAAGAAUGUGAUAACUACACUGAAGCCGCCUACACAUUACUUCUCCAUGCAAAGCUUCUUAAGUGGUCUGAAGAACCUUGUGCAGCACAUCUUACUCAACGAGAUGGCUACCAGGCAGCAACGCAAGGACAACUGAAAGAUCAGCUCUAUCAAGAAAUUAUCCAUUAUUUUGACAAGGGCAAGAUGUGGGAAGAAGCCAUUGUCUUGGGCAAAGAGCUUGCAGAACAAUAUGAAAAUGAAAUGUUUGAUUACGAACAACUUAGCGAAGUACUGAAAAAACAAGCACAGUUCUAUGAAAAUAUUGUGAAAGUAAUAAGACCUAAACCAGAUUACUUUGCAGUUGGUUAUUAUGGACAAGGAUUUCCAACAUUUUUGCGGAGCAAAGUCUUUAUUUACCGAGGAAAAGAAUAUGAACGCCGAGAAGAUUUUGAAGCAAGAUUAUUAACACAGUUUCCUAAUGCAGAAAAAAUGAAGACUACAUCACCUCCUGGUGAAGAUAUUAAAAAUUCUCACGGCCAAUAUAUCCAGUGCUUUACAGUAAAGCCAAAACUGGACUUACCAUCAAAAUUUCACAAGCCUGUAUCAGAGCAAAUUUUAAGUUUCUAUAGGGUAAAUGAGGUUCAGCGGUUUGAGUAUUCAAGACCCAUUCGAAAAGGAGAGAAAAAUCCAGACAAUGAAUUUGCGAAUAUGUGGAUUGAGAGAACUAUUUAUGUGACAGCGUAUAAACUACCUGGUAUUUUAAGAUGGUUUGAAGUCAAAUCAGUAUUUAUGAUUGAAAUCAGUCCACUUGAAAAUGCAAUUGAAACGAUGCAGUUAGCAAAUGAUAAAAUUAACAAUAUGGUUCAGCAACAUUUGAAUGAUCCAAAUCUACCUAUUAACCCUCUGUCUAUGCUGCUAAAUGGCAUUGUGGACCCUGCAGUCAUGGGAGGCUUCACCAAUUAUGAAAAGGCUUUCUUUAAUGAGAAAUACAUAUAUGAACACCCAGAAGAUCAUGAAAAAAUUGAAAAGCUAAAGGAUCUAAUUGCAUGGCAGAUCCCUUUCCUGACAGAAGGCAUCCGAAUUCAUGGGAAUAAAGUUACAGAAGCACUAAGGCCAUUUCAUGAGAGGAUGGAAGCCUGUUUUAAACAACUGAAAGAAAAAGUUGAAAAACAAUAUGGAAUUAGAAGUCUUCCCUCAUCAGUAGAUGACCGGCAAGGCAGUCGGCCAAGGUCUAUGGUUCGAUCGUUCACAAUGCCAUCCUCCUCAAGGCCACUAUCUGUUGCUUCUAUUUCUUCCAUCUCUUCUGACAGUGCUCCUUCUAGGCCUGGCUCAGAUGGGUUUGUGCUUGAGCCCCUUCUGCCAAAGAAGAUGCAUUCUCGAUCACAAGAUAAGUUGGAUAAAGAUGACUCAGAUAAAGAUAAGAAAGAAAAGAAGAAAGAAAAGAGAAACAGCAAGCACCAAGAAAUAUUUGAGAAAGAAUUGAAAUCAACUGAUAUUCCUCUGCAGCAGUCUGAAGCAGUAAUACUUUCAGAAACUAUCAGCCCAUUGAGACCACAAAGACCAAAGAGCCAAGUUAUUAAUGUUAUGGGAAGUGAAAAACGAUUAUCUGUUUCCCCGUUGCCACCUCCUCAAAGUAUUCCUCCACCAAUCACUCCAAGAACCAAGCUUUCUUUCACUUUACAGCCCAAUUCAGAACUAAAUGGCAUGAAUAAUUUGGAAAUGAUGGACAUUCCUCCACCAUUACCUCUGAAAGGCGGCCUGGCAGAUUAUGGAAAUGUCAUGGAGAGCCAUGAAUCUAUUAGCACUGCCACUUCCCCCCCUGUACCUCAAAGGCAGCUGCCACCUCCUUUACCAAGCAAAACACCGCCACCGCCACCUCCAAAGACCACUCGGAAACAAGCCUCUGUUGAUUCUGGGAUUGUCCAAUGAGAAAGAAGAGAUACCGUGAGAGAUUAAGUUGUAAAAUUUCUGUGUCUUCAAUAUGUUUAAAAUGUUUGCAAUAUUAUAUUCAUCAACCCAAAUCAACAAUAUGAAACCUUGGUUGCCAUGAUUCUCACAUUCCAACAGUUAUUGAUAGCUCUAAGUAUGGUUACAAAAUUACUCAACUGAAUGCACUCCAAAGCAACCAGGAGCUUGAACUAUGGUUCUGAAUGGGUUCUAGAACAAUCAAAAUAUCAUUAAGACACUGCAUUUGUGUCUUUAUCUUUGCAUUUGCAUAUGUAAGCCUUAUGAAAUUAAUUGUCCUAAUGCCUGCAAUGUAGUUUAGUAUUAUAGCUGUAUAAUCUUUUACAUUAAAGUGUUAGGAAAACCACUUAUCAUGUUCUAGGCUUACAUUACAGUUGGUUUCUCAUGCAUUGAUUGGUUCAAUAAAUUUCAGCUAGUUUAUGCUUAUAUAUUAAUGCAGAAUAUAGUUUAGGUUCCUGCAUCAGCAUUAAUUUAUAGGGAAUAGUAUCUUAUCUGCAAAUGUAGGUGUCUAAAAAUAUAUACGGAUAAAAAUGAUGCUUUUGGAACCAACAAAAUCAAUCUUACCUUUUGUAUUUGAUUCACAAUUGUGUCACUAUGUACAGACAUUAUGUAUAUAUUAUGGUCUUACAGUGUCUUUAGAUUCACUCAUUCCUUACUUUUAAGUAAUAAGCAUAUAGUUUAUCUUCAAAUGUAUUGUGGUUUUAAUUAUUGAUAACUUUUAAAAUAUGUUACAAAUCUAACAGAGUAAUUAAGCUCUGAAAUAUUAUGAAGAAUCAGAAAAGAAACUUUUUAAAAAUGUCUCUGUAACUUUUUAAAAUCAUCCACAAAUUUUAUAAUCUUAACAAUCAUUUUUAAUAUUUCUCUGCCAAAUAAAGAAAUCCUUUUA